GGCAUUUCUACUUUUCAAUGUCAAUAUAUGUGAUUAUCCACAUUUGCAUUUUUUAUUAUUGCUGUUCUUAUAUAUUUUGUUUUAAUAAUUCCAGAGUUUCUUUUAUUUUUAUUUUUUUUUAGUUUUCGCAGCGCCUCACAGCAUGUGGGCGGCAGAUGGGAUCUUAGUUCCCCAACCGGGGAUUGAACCCAGGCCCCCUGCAGUGGAAGUGCGGAGUCUUAACCACUGGACCGCCAGGGGAAUCCCCACAUAUUUUUUAAAACUCAGAUUUUUUUUUUCUAAAAUGAAAUAAAAUAAAUGUGCUCAGUGAUCAAAAGGAAAAAAAAAGAGUUCCAUCUCUUGCUGCCAAGGAGGGAGGUGUGUGUAUGAAUAGGGCUUUCCCAUUUUUUUUGCCAUUUUCCUGAUGACUAAUCCUAAGGACAAUCCCUGCUCCUAACAUGGGCUACGUGAGCUUGAAGUUCACUAAACGCUUCGACUUUCUUUUUGAAUUGAUGCCUCACCACUGCCCCUCUACCUAGCCAGACAAGCAUGGCUUUCCCACUUUUCAGAUGAGGUAAGUGAAGCUCCCAGAGAGAAAGUGACUAGCUCAAUCCACAGGCAAGUAGAUGCCAAGGCUCGGACUCCAGAAUGGAACUGGAGUGUUCUAUUUACCUAGGCGAUCUGGUUGCCCAGCACUUGGAGGCUUCCACCUCCAGAAGCCCAGACACCUCGCUAGUCCCUCUUGUGCCACAGAGGACAGGUCUCCCUGAGCUGUGACCCUGCUCCCACAAGGGAGUAGUCCCUGCAGUCUCCUCCCCAACCCAGGUGCUCUCUGGCUCCCCCAGGAGGAGAGGAUGGCCUACGAACAAUCAGUCGACAUCUCUAACCUCAACACGUCAAUGUUCAAGUGCCCAUGGCUGGAAUAUCCAGAAAGGACCAAAGAACUCAGAAGAGCCACAGCUCCUGUUCUCCUGCCCUUGUCCUGCCACCAGAUGCCAAAGGAAGAGUUUCCCCCAAGUCCAGAGUGCUGGAGGCAGCACCCGAGCAAGCCAAACUCUGUACCUUACUGCUACUCCAAGCAGCCUGAGAUCUACACGCACUGGCACACCCUGUAUAAUCAGCAAAAGAAACGAGAGGCCCAGAAGAUACUGUGGAAAAUGAGAGCUCACCCUAGGUACCUCAAAGAGGGUACCCUCAUCCAAAAACUCCAUCUCCCAAUGAGCAAGCUGAUUAUAAAACCUCAGAUGGAAUCCAAGCCCUUAGACCCUACUGGGGACCCGCUGAAGUGGCAAAGAUUAAAGGAACUCACAGAAAGCCUGAAAUCUCCCAGAGAGGAUGAGCAGCUCUAUGCAGCACAGGCUCUGGGGUGCCUGGGCGUCAGAGACAAGUUUAUCAUGGAAGCACUAUGGCAGGUGGCCCAAACUGGCCCAGAGAAAGUGAAGUAUGAGGCCUGUCAAACCCUGGCCAUCCUGGGUUGCCUGAAUAAACAUGUGAUCCAAGCUCUCAUCAAGCAGCUGAAGGGGCAAAAUGAGGGGCAAAGGAUGGGUACUCUGACAGCGCUACGGGUGGCUCUGAACUCCUGGGCUGCUGUCCCCAAAGACCAGAGGACUCAGGUCGAGGAUGGAGAGAAGCUGGUGCCUGUGCUGCAGACGCUGAUAAAGAAGUCAGGGAACAAGGCAGCAGUGGAGGCGGCCCUGUGCUUGGGGUUCCUGAGGCCCUGUAGCAGCACAGCCCGAGAGUACUUGCUGCAGUGCCUGCACCAAGGGCCGAAGACCCAGCAGAUGCAGGCACUCAGUAUGCUGGUCAAGAUAAUGGGUGUGCACUCAGCCACGGUCAUCAGGAUCAUCCUAGACCAGCUGUGCUCUUCCAGUGUCCUUGAGCACCGUUUUGAAGCCAGCCAGAUGCUCAAGACCAUUGGGCUGGAACAGAUCCAGGCACAGGGCCUGGAAGGACUCACAUUUGACCUGCUCAGGAGGAAGACGUAUAAUGAACCCUUCUUCGCUAUGAGGCAGGCUGUUGCUGAAACUGUGGAAGAGCUCAAGAUGAAGCCCACAAUGAUGAACUUGGUGGAGGCGCAACUGAUGAGCUCAAAUGCCACUGCACGCCAGGAAGCAGUCAUCUCUUUGGGCGUUCUGGGGAUCCGCAGCCCACGAGUGUUCCACUUGGUCCUAGACAUGCUGGAUGUGGAAAAGAGCCCGUCUGUGAAAAAAAGCCUACAAGAAACGUUAAUUCUUUUGGCCUCAAUUGAUCCCUGGAUCCAAAACAAGCUGAAGAACAAGGUUCUCUUUGUAUAUGAAGUGCCUAAGACCAGCAUGAACGUAGAGCUCACGAGGUUCCGGAAAGAGCCUGAGAAACCAGAAGAGUUAAAUAUCCAAGACUUUCAACUUGCACAGCUGAACCCCUUGUUUCUUACAAAGUCCAGUGCCACGUCAGACCAACAGAAGAAGUUAAAUGCCCAGAAAGGGUCUGGUACCUCUGCCUUUCCAUCCUGUUUCUCUAAACCACAAAAACACAAGCCACAGGCCACAGGGUCCUGGACACGAGGGAUCAGGAAGCAGCUCCGGAUCCUUGCUGAGACCUCCAAUUAG